AAAGCGCCAGGAUGAACUCCUACUUAGACUACCCUGUGUGCAGCCGGGGAGCAAAUAUUUUCAGUGCCAAGACGGGAUACCACAAUUUGAACCAUGGAUACGUGUCGUCCAACUCAUGCGCAACAAGUGAUAGUUACACACCAGACGGGCGCUUAGUUGCUGCAACUUCCGCGCCACACCAGACUCAGAGCCUCCCUCUGCACCACCAGACACACGUCAACUUGGAUCUGCAGUUCACAGCCCCGGGGAACCCCAUGUAUGGGUCACCUCUGGAGUACGGACAUCACCACUAUGGCCUCGCUCCAGAGCAGGAUCGGAGCUUCCUUCAUGCGCAAGUUUCACCCCUUGGAACAAACAUGGCUCCCUACACCGGGGACAGCUGCGGGCCUGGAGUUGCAACGGGCAGCCAGUAUCUGCAUUUUGGCAACGGAGAUCAGAGGCAGCAAGAAUAUUCAGAAGGUACUUACACGAGGUUAGCGCCCCAAAGUAGUGAGAAGGAUUUGGAGCAUAUGGAGGAAACUUCUAAAACAUUCGACUGGAUGAAAGUGAAGAGGAAUCCACCUAAAACAGCUGUCCUGUCGGAGUUCGGGGUUCCUGGCCAGCACAACGUGAUCCGCACCAACUUCACCACCAAGCAGCUGACCGAGCUGGAGAAGGAGUUCCACUUCACAGAAGAAGCGCGAGAAACUGGGCUGCGUUUUAGUCAACACUCCGGCACCUGCGGAGAAAGUCUCCGGGCCUGACACGUCUCCAAAGGCGAAAGACUGUGAAUCAUGAGCUAACUUCAAAAUAUGACUGUGGAGGCCUGAUCAGCACCAUGCCAUAAAAACUGUGAAAAUGCUUGUGGACUUGUGACAUAGCAGGGUCUGUCCGUGUCUGCUGAUGUGCUCGAUUCCUGAAGCUGUAUGCUGAGAAACUUUUAAAAAUGUUUUUCAUCCGUUCUUGUAUUUUGCAGUCCUCCUAUCAUAAGCCCAUACUGUUUUGUGUUGAGCACUGAAAUACUCAGUGUCAUUGUUUGCA